ACCAAAUAAAGGCUCUCACACCCCUUUUUCCAGCAUCCCAGGGAAGGGGAAACAUUAAUCCGGCGGCCAUGGCCUCGCUCCGCAUCCUUCCGGCCGCCGCCGCCAUCCUCUUGUUCGCCGUGGCCGCCGUCGCCACCAAAGCUCCCGACUACGUCAUCCAGGGCCGCGUCUACUGCGACACCUGCCGCGCCGGGUUCGAGACCAAUGUCACCGAGUACAUGAAGGGCGCCAAGGUCAGGCUGGAGUGCAAGCACUUCGGCACCGGCAACGUCGAGCGCGCCAUCGACGGCGUGACCGACGAGACCGGCACCUACAAGGUCGAGCUCAAGGACAGCCACGAGGAGGACAUCUGCGAGGUCGUCCUCGUCCAGAGCCCGCGCAAGGACUGCGACGAGGUCCAGGAGCUCAGGGACCGCGCCAGCGUCCUGCUCACCAGGAACGUCGGCAUCUGCGACAGCGUGCGCCUCGCCAACCCGCUCGGCUACUUCAAGGACGUGCCGCUGCCCGUCUGCGGCGAGCUGCUCAAGCAGCUCGACUUGGAUGACCAGACUGAGUAAGAAAAGAGUACGGUGGCAUCACUGGACAGGCUGCACAAACUACAAAUCAGUCGCCUGGCCUGCAUCUGCAUGUAGCAUGGAUGUGUCAGUAAAGUACAGAGUCAAUGAUUAACAAUAUCUGGACAAAACAAAAAGAAAAAUGUAACUAUGCUGUCUAUCUCA